AUGGCUUCCAGGGCUGGUGGAUCCAUAGGCCGAGGUGCAGGCAGGGCUCAGGGCAGCGCACCGGGAUCUCCACCACGACCUAUGCAGGGGCGAGUAGGGGAUGGACCGGGAGGAGCCGGCGCGAUCUUCGUUGGGGGGUUGCUUACUGUACCGGCGCCGACCUCUCGUCGCUCUUUCCGUUACGACGGCCCUCGACCCCCUCCUUCGGGGCAGACGCCGACGCAGCCGGAGAGCGGCAGCGAGGAGGAGGAUAAGGAGGAGGAUGGUGAGGGCGAGAAGGAGGAGGACACUGAGGGGAGCGGGGAUGACAGCGAGGCGGCGUGGGACCCAGAGACGCAUGGCGAUGGGGAGGGGGGAGAUGAUGAUGAUGAAGACCACGAGAUGGAUGGGUUGGAGCCAGAGGGGCGGGAGGAGGAGGUGGGAGAGGGUGGUGGAAGGGCGGCGACAGAGGCGGGAUCACAGCAUGUGCGUGAAGGGGGAGGGAGCGUGGGGGUUAAGGUGGGGGGGGAGAAAGGCCGGGAGACGUUUCCACGUGGGGGCUACAAGGGAGUGCCGGAUGGCUACGUCUAUCAGUGGCCACAUGCCAAGACUUGGCCGCAGCUCGCCAAGGGGAAAGGGAUGGCGACUGGUGGAGGUCAUGGGUCAGGCGGGAUGGAGCGGUGGAUGACAACCAAACUGACCUCGGUGCAGCUACGGCAGGCGAUCACGAAGCUGGUGGUCACCUGCGACCUCCCCUUCCGCAUCGUCGAGGCCGAGGCUAUUCAUGAGCUACUCAUCCUGCUAAACCGCAACUGCGCGCAGAAGAACUUCAUCCCCUCGCGCUGGACGGUUUCCCGCGAUACAGUGGUCUAUGCGGCUGCCGCUCUUCAGUCAGCCAUUGCGGAGAUGCUGGCGAAGGAGGGGGAUCUGGGGUGCAGGGUGUCGUUCACCAUCGACAUGUGGACGUCGCCCAACAAGAGGGCGUGGCUAGUGGUAACGGGUCACUGGAUCGACGAGAAUUACCAGCUGCGCACAAUGGUGUUUGAAUUCCGCGAGAUUCACGGGCGUCACACGGGCAAGCAGAUGGCGAGGGUGGUUGAGGAGACUGUGGUGCAGUGGGGGUUGGAGACGCGUUGUCUUGGGUUCACCUCAGACAACGCCUCCAGCAACACUGCCGCUUUCAGGUGGAUGUCGGAGGAGGGUGGUGGCCAGUGCUUCUUCAACUCGCGCAUGCACUUCCGGUACGAAAGGGAGUGUGCGUGGGAUGUGCGAUGA